GCUUGACCAAGUGCAUGCUGACAUAUCAGCAAUAAUCCUCUCCUUCUGCCCUGAAAUGCUUGAAGCAUACUUGCACCAGAGAGUACCAUCAGUCCCAUCUCAACCGGAAUUCACCAAGUGUAUUGUCCACCCAUAUUUGUGGAAAGAGUCAUUUGACCCAGCACCUCAAGGCGACGGAGCUGCAGAAGGUGAAGUUUCCAAUGACAGUGGACAACUGCUACCAUCAGAGGAUGAAGAAGAACAAUGUUGUCUUCAGCCACCAAAGAAAAAGAAUCGUCCCAACAGAAAAUUAAUCAAGUGUCCUGCUUGUGACAAACCCUAUAAAGGUGGGCAAAAACAGAGACUUCUUGAUCAUGUCAUUAGCCACAAAGACAUGACAGCGGAACAAAAUGAGCAAGUGCAAGCAGCCCUAGUAGUACUAUUCCCUGAAAGAGGAAACAAACUUCCCAAAAAACAGUGUGUCGUAUGUGGCAAAUUUGUUGCCAACAUGGCAGCUCAUAAGAAAUCCAAGGCGUGCAUCCCUAGGCAGUAGAUUUGUGCUUGAUUACUCAAAACCAGCUAUUUCUGUGAGGCAAAUUGUUUAUUUCUUAUGACAUAUUUCUCAGUUAUGGAACUGCUCCUUAAAAUAUCAACAGUGCUUAUCAU